GCAUAUUUGUCGGUUUUGUGAACUAGACUUUAACAACAACAUUUGGCAAGUGUGAAACACAUGUUGUUUUAGAUAAUAUUGGUAAACAGCCGGCGAAUUUAAAGGUCUGUGUACAGUCGUCGGCCGAAGACAGCCGAGGAUCGUCGGGGUAGCGUUCACUGCGGUGACGCUGCGCCACUAGCUGGGCCUUGUCUUAUAGUUAGCCAUCCGAGCUAAUGCUGGCUAGAAGGCGAUGAACCACGUACAUUUACGGAACACAUCAGGGAUGGAGUCACAGAACCUUGUGGAUGAUUUGUCGCCAAAGAAAAACACAGUUCUCAAGCUUAGUAACGGCCCAGUUGUGGGGUCCCGCAAGCGUCCGUCAGAGGGAAACUAUGAGAAGGAGAAGGAACACUGCAUUGCUCUGUUUGACCAGUGGUCUGAGGCCGACCAAGUUGAGUUUGUUGAGCGCCUGAUCUCCCGUAUGUGCCACUACCAGCACGGCCACAUCAACUCCUACCUCAAACCCAUGCUGCAGAGGGAUUUCAUCACUGCGCUGCCAGCCCAAGGCUUGGAUCACAUAGCAGAGAACAUCCUUUCUUUCCUGGAUGCACGCUCUCUGUGUGCAGCGGAGCUGGUGUGCAAGGAGUGGCAGAGGGUAAUCUCUGAGGGUAUGCUGUGGAAGAAGCUAAUCGAACGUAUGGUCCGUACUGACCCACUCUGGAAAGGCUUGUCUGAGAGACACCAGUGGGAGAAAUAUUUGUUCAAGAACCGUACGGCAGAAGUCCCCCCCAACUCCUACUAUCACUCCCUUUAUCCCAAGAUCAUCCAAGACAUAGAGACUAUUGAGGCUAACUGGAGAUGCGGUAGACACAACUUGCAGAGGAUUCAGUGUCGUUCAGAAAACAGUAAAGGGGUUUACUGUCUGCAGUACGACGAUGACAAGAUCAUCAGUGGCCUUAGAGACAAUUCCAUAAAGAUCUGGGAUAAGCAGUCUCUGGAGUGUCUGAAAAUACUGACUGGUCACACAGGCUCAGUGUUGUGUCUGCAGUAUGAUGAGAGGGUCAUUGUCACCGGGUCUUCUGACUCAACCGUCAGGGUGUGGGAGGUAACGACAGGCGAGGUACUGAACACACUGAUCCAUCACAACGAGGCAGUUCUUCACCUGCGCUUUGCCAAUGGUCUGAUGGUCACCUGCUCAAAGGACCGUUCAAUUGCAGUGUGGGACAUGGCCUCACCCACUGACAUCAGUCUACGUCGCGUCCUGGUGGGGCACCGGGCAGCUGUCAAUGUGGUCGACUUUGACGACAAAUACAUUGUGUCCGCUUCAGGGGACCGAACCAUCAAGGUAUGGAGCACCAGCACCUGCGAGUUUGUUCGCACUCUAAAUGGUCACAAGCGGGGUAUUGCUUGUCUACAGUAUAGAGAUCGACUUGUGGUCAGUGGCUCAUCUGACAACACAAUCCGGUUAUGGGACAUAGAAUGUGGGGCAUGUUUGCGAGUGCUGGAAGGUCAUGAGGAGUUGGUGCGCUGCAUUCGCUUCGACAACAAGAGGAUUGUCAGCGGUGCCUACGAUGGUAAGAUAAAGGUGUGGGACCUGCAGGCAGCCCUGGAUCCUCGAGCCCCAGCCAGCACAUUAUGUCUGCGCACUCUAGUGGAGCAUUCUGGCCGUGUGUUCCGUCUCCAGUUUGACGAGUUCCAGAUCAUCAGCAGUUCUCAUGAUGACACUAUUCUCAUCUGGGACUUCCUGAAUGUCUCAACCAAUGGCCAGUCAGAGGGACGGUCUCCUUCCCGCACCUACACUUAUAUUUCUAGAUAGCAGGUGGCGCCAUCAACUGAACCCUUCUUUGGAGGACGCCAUGGCUAAUGGGUGCAUUCAUCAUCGAAGGGGGCCCAUCUCUUCCCUUUUUCUUCUCGUCAUCUCUCUGUCCACCUCCCACCCUGUCCUUACCACCUUCCUGCCUGUUCUGACAGAUUCUUAGGCUUGUGCCCAUUAACCACCUGAACCAUGACAUACACACACAGAUGCAUAUACACAUAGAAAUGAGGAUGCCCUACUACACAACAAAUGCAACUUCUGCUACUAAUUUAUGUUUUGUAAAGUACACUAAUGACAGUAUUAACUUAGACCUUAUGUAAAUCACAAGCUCCCUUUUGCCCCAUUAAUACAAACUUAAAGCAGCUUCUGCUUCUCAGUUUUCAGCCCUUGCCAGAAUGGGAUCCUAUGGAUGUGGAAUUGCUCAUAGAUAUAUAUAUACAUAUCUAUAUAUCUAUCUAUAUUUUAAUUACGCAAAUACCAACAGUGGCACAGUUGGACAGAGGAUGACCGGAGCUGUCAUGCGGGAGAUAGAGACUCUUUACUCAGCUCUGGAAAGGAGGGAAGGAUGGGAUGUAGAGGGAGUGAAGGAGGGAGAACUGUGUCAGGGUUGACUUCCCUGCUCCCUCUCACUCCCUCUCAACCCUCCCUGUCUCUCAACACCCACCCACCCCUUGUUCUCUCCCCUCUGACCCCCUCCCAGAGAUGCACACUUGCCUGGAAUAUGGGGCGCACACACAAGUUUGUGGGAGUGUGUGUGUUUGUGUAUGUGGACUUGUGAAAUGGCAAAACUGAAGCGUCAGACAGAAAUGCAUGAGAGGUUGCCUUGGAUACGGCGUCCUGGUACACCUCUGCUUUUUUUCUCUUUAACUCUUACUUUCUUACUGUUUUUUUUUUUUUUAAUUUUAUUUUAUUACUGUUAUUUUCUAAUUUUAUUUGAGUAUUUUGGUUCUUAGUACAAAAAUCAUACUAAGUGUAGUCCUCUUUCUCUCUGUGUCUUUUUUUUUCUUUCUUCUAACUUUGAGCCUCUCAUCUGUCCCCUUCACUCCAUCUUUCUCUCCCCAUCAUCUAUGUGCUUGCUUUGGUUAUGAGAGAAGCUGGAAGUCAAGAGCUCAAAUUUAGCUGUAAACUGAGUUGUCUUGUCAAAAAUUGUGUUGUAUAUUAAAAAUGAUUUUUUAAAGAACAAAAUGACCUUAUUGUGAAUAAAGUACUUGACAGUG